AUGGGUAAGAUCAGCACCAAGGACGCCAAAGAUAAGAUGCGGCAUAAGCCGUUGUAUAAGGAUAUCACUGAAACGGGCCAUUUGAAGGUGGGAAAGCGCCUGAAGCACGACAAGACAGUCGAAGAGGAUGCGGAGGACGAUUUCGUCCUGGAUGCUGCGUCUUCCAGAAAGGUCCUGAAGCUUGCAAGAGAACAGCAAGAAGAAAUAGCCCUUGAGGAAAACCGUCUAGAAGUCUCAGAAAGACCGAGGUUUCAAAUGAUUGCGCACGAAUCUGAUGAAUCGGACGACGACGCAGUCUACGAAGCGAUGUCCGACGACGAUGAAAACGAAUACUACGACGAGGAGGUUGAAGAAGUAGACGAGCAAGACGCGAAAUUGUUUGAAUCAUACUUCAAGUCAGAAAAUAAUGCCUUUGGCAGCUUCAAUCUCGCUGACAAAGUGAUGUCAAAAUUACAAGAAACCCAGCAGCAGAAGGCGGAACAGACAGAGAAACCACAGGACAAAGUUUUCCUUCCACCAAGAGUUAUAGAGGCAUAUGAGAAGGUCGGUCAGAGUUUACAUGUGUGGAGACACGGAAAGUUGCCGAAACUUUUCAAAGUGCUUCCUAGCAUCAAGAACUGGGAGGAUUUGAUAUUCGUGACAAAUCCUGAAGCAUGGACCCCGCAGGUGACCUACGAGGCCACCAGAUUGUUUGUUUCUAAUCUGACGGCCAGUAAAGCAGAGAGGUUUGUUAAUUUGGUUCUUUAUCCGAAAGUCAGACAAGAUAUUGAGGAAAGCGAGGAGCACAAGCUGAAUUAUCACCUUUAUCGUUCAUUAAAAAAAUCGUUAUAUAAGCCUGCCGCAUUUUUCCGUGGAUUCCUGUUCCCAUUGAUUGAAGACGGAUGCACAACAAGAGAGGCAAUGAUCGUGGGGUCAAUCUUAACUAAGUGCUCGAUUCCCGUCCAACACUCUGCUGUCGCGCUCUCAUGGCUUUUGCAAAAAGACUUCAACCCAGCAACGACCGUGUUCAUUAGAAUUCUCAUCGAGAAAAAGUACGCAUUACCAUACCAAACCAUCGACGACCUGGUGUUCUAUUUCAUGCGUUUCCAGAUAACCGAGCAGAGACAGAUCAGGGACGCUUCUCCGAUGCCGCUCGUCUGGCACAAAGCGUUUCUGGCAUUCGCACAACGGUACAAAAACGACAUCACCGAGGAUCAGCGCGAUUUCCUCAUGGAAGUUGUCAGACAACGGGGCCACCGCGAGAUUGGACCGGAAAUCAGACGUGAAUUGCGAGCAGGCAAGGAAAGAUCCACGGCUACCGGCAAGGAGGACAAGGAGGAUGACAUCAUGUCUUUUUUCUAAUUAUUUUUGUCCCCAUAGUCCACUUUAAUAAACAGUGUCGAAUAAAUAAAUUCCUCGCCUUGCUGAUCGUACAAGGGAAGGUGUCUGUAGCCCUGUUUCAAGUAAUCGAGCUUGCAAGUGUGCGUUCCAAUCAGUUUUUCAGAGCUAUCAUUGGUGCACUUGACCAGAAACCGCAGAAAAACAUAAUCAAUGUCGUUAGUGAGGUAUGUUGCAGAGCAUCGCUGGUUCCAGACAGGAUUAAAUCCGUUUUGCGGUACUGGAGCUGUCCUGAACACGACAGAGGGCUCGCUUAGUUUGAUCAGUUUCUCAACCAGAGACUUUUGGUGACUUGAGGACUCCAUUUUGAGAACCGUUCCCGGCUUCCCAGUCGUGGAGCUGACAUUCGCAUCCAAUACCUCUGCACAAUAUAUCUCGAGCUCUAAGAAAGGAUCGAAAAAAUCCGAUUUUAUGUCCUUUGGUUUGGGAAGUUGUUGCCCCGAAAUGAGGUCGAUGCUAAGGCGCCGACUCUGAUCAAAUUUUAAACAGCCCAAUGGAUCAAUAUUCUGCAAUUUUGGGUUCCUGAUCCGCAGGCAGGAUGGUUUGAGAACAUAGCCGGAACUUGUUCCUAUAUUAAAAAGCGUCUCGUUAAUCUGCUGCCCCACAUCGUAAAUCUGCCAGUUUGUUGCAACCAACUGGCAUCCUAGCUCCCAAAAAAAGAAGGGAUUGAAAUUAUUGGAACUGAAGCGAUAAAUGGAUGGAUAAAUCCUCAUGAGAAACCUCCUGUUGUGCUUUAUAAUAGCGGAAAACUUAGCUUCCUCCCUUGCCAUUUUGACUAAUGUCUUGUCACUGAAGGAAAAACAGUGGUUGAAUGUUUUGGACUCGGGGAGAGAGAAAUUUCGAAAUUUAAUUCCAAUCACGUAGAUUCCGAGGUUGCCCAGCUCCUGGGAGAUUUUGAUGGUACUUCGUUUCUUGGGAACAAUCUUUGUGAUUGUACUACUGUCUUCGCUAAACGAAGACAAUGACGAAGACAUACUUUCAAGGCUUCCUGCAUCGCCUGUGGACUUCUUCACUUUCACUAAAAUUUUAUGUUUCAAUUGCGCGGGCGACGGCAGUGUUUCGAAGGGUGAUUUGACUGGAUACUCUAGCAGGCGGUCCUGUAAAACAUCUUUAAGGAUAUUGGCAGCCUGAAGCUGAUUCUCAGCAUUGCAACGAACCUCAAGCGAUAAUAUGACAGGAUAAGGCGAUGUGAUAAAAGAGUACUUCCGGAUCGUUUCCACAACCAGCUGAAAUUCAAUGGAGCUGGAGAAAGUGCGGCCGUGAGUUACAACUGGUCCUUUUUCGCCAUCCCAGAGAUCAAUUUCAAUGCAACGACAGCCUCGUUGUAAUGCCCUAAUGUAGCCUUCAAUGGAUGCGGUUCCAUUGACUUGUCUUCCCAAUAAAUAGGUAUUGUGAGAUGAAGAGAUAAAAUACUCAUUGAGCGGGUAUGAGUAGUCCUCUUGAAUGUUGACGUAUGGUUUUGAAUACGAACUUGUGAGAAAACUUGCAAACUCGUCGUAGUCGAGAUACAAUUUUGUUUUGGAGAAGCGAUGAAAUAUCUGCUCUGCCUGUGAGCAGGAGAUAUUUUCUUUUUGCACCUCGACGAGAAAAUUGCAGAAUUCCUCGAAGGACAAUUUUCCAGAAAUGGCUCUGGCUUGUUGAUCAAAUAUAGCCCUCAAUUCCUUGCGGUCUCGAAGCAAACGGACAAACUUCUUGAAGUCUUGGAAAUUCAGAUGCCCCUUUGCUUCCGAAUCAGCCAUGCGGAAGAGAUUCUCGAGAUACUCGGGACUUGCAUGGAUAUGAAGCUUUGACAUCAAUCUGCGGACGCCGUCAAAAGAAAGAUGCUCGCUUUCGGAGUUUUUGUUGUUCCAGUGCAGGUCAGUGAAUAGUUCACUGAUACUGUCCAUCUGCCGUUUGAAGUAUACAAGGUUGCGCAACGUGGUGACAAAAGUAUCGUAUUCGUGCCUUGCGGGGGCAAUCACGUGCAAGGCUUUGAUAUUGUUGGACUUGGAGUCUUUGUAGUAGAUGAUUGUUAUCCACAGAUCUUCGUAAUCUGAUGAUACUUUAAACUCCUCCCUGUAAUUCUUGGCCUCGACACCAGUCCUGAUCGCCUUGAUCUUAUCAAUUUCGAGAAAAGACGAGGCUUUAUUGUUCCAGAUCAGAUGAUUGUUGUCCAAAUUCAAACGAAAACACCGUUUGAUCUUCUUCUUAUGCGUCACUCUGAGCAUUUCAAUCCCCUGAUCGAUGAGCGCUCGAGGAAUUGACUUCCUGUCCAAUGGAGUUGUAAAUGUCUCCUCCUCGUGGUACUCCAAUUUCGAGUGUGUUGCGGGUUGUAUCUUGGGAAAAGGUUUCGUCUCGGGAUCAGCUUCAUCAGAGCUGGAGCGCGACAUCCUUCGAACUCGGGUGAGUAUGCUCAUCAAGCUUUUCCUGUCGUCACUAUGGUCACUGAAAGAAUCGCUGCUGUCACUCUUUUUCCGUGGAAACCCCAGCCUGUGGAAGCCCUUGUGAGAGGAAUCGGUAGGAGAGGAAGGCAGAGGAAUGUGCGCCAGGUCCGAGUUCUGGGAAUCUGGUGGCGACUUGUUACGCAGCACCAACAGCCGCUCGGACAGCAACGACUUCACCGGGGCCGAGCUAUUUGGCACCGAGGACGACGUCG